CCAACUUUCAAAAAACAUUUGUGACUUGUGAUAUACCUUAUUUGUAAACUGAGUUGCAGACCCUGACGGGACUGGUAAACCUACUUACGAACAAACCUAAAUUUUAUAUAUAUAAUUAGAGGCAGUAGUAUGAAAUAAUAGAUUAUUUCUAUUGAAAUUGUUCAGCUAGCUUUGCCAGUCCCUGCCAGGGUAGGCUUUUGCUGGACAUCAAGACAAUGCCUUUGACCAUGAAGCCGGACAGAAACAAUGAUUUUGAAGGAGUUGGAGAAGAGAUGUCGUCAAACAGUUUGACAGAGAAAGAGCUCACACCACCCGAGAGGGAAGAAGACCAUCAGCAAGAAGAUCCUGGAGGGGAGAAUGAUCCCAUUUCUAAAAUAGGCCUAUGUGGAUUUGCUGAGUGUCACCCCAUGCUAACUUCAGCUGUCAUUAUCAAUAAAGGCAAUAAAAGGCCAAAAAAAAAAAGAAAUCCCAGCAAUUCAAGUCAUACACUAAUAUCAGAAUUUCUGGAUACAAUUGAUUUAUUUCGUAAAAUUUAUUUCAAUACUGUAAAUACUAAUAAAUCACAUUUACAGUCCCCCCAUAAAGUUAAAAGAAAUCGGCCAAAAAUUAAGUGGCGCAUUUUGGAAUUGUUUUUGAAAAGAGUGUCUGCUCGUGGGCCCUUACAUACUCCCCCAAUAUAUGAUCAUGAGAAGAAUAAGGGGAAGGAGAAACAAUAUGCAUCUGCUUUUCUCGUAUUGAGAAAUGGUGAAUGUGUGGAUUUUCCCGAGGUUAAACCAGUUCAUUCAAAAAAGACAUCUGAAUGUACGAAACACAGCGAGGAAAUUUUAAUUGGAGAAAUUGAUGAAUAUCUUCGGAGCAAUGUAACGAAAGUGCAAAGUAUUUCCUUUUAUACAGUGAAUAGCCCAUGUUUAAAAAGACAUGGGAAGGAAAAACAUAUUCCUUGUUGUAUGUUACAACUUAUAGACAAAGCUUAUCAGUGGUACAAUGAAUAUGGGAUUAUUACUUCCGUGAGAUUCAGAAACUGUUGGGGGCCAUUUACACCAAGUCUCUUUAAGUCUCUCGAAUAUUCCAACAUCUCAUCUCGGAGCUGUAUUUUUUUCGGAUAUUUUAAAGAAUUCAAGAAAACCCCCUUUGAAUUAGACAGCAAGUUUCAGAAGAGUUUCAGAAAUAAAGUUAAAGCUGAUGGUAUCUUUGAGACACGGUCUGAUGAUACCAUCUAUAUAGAUAGAAACAAACUAAAUUCUGCUAUUAAAGAUGCUCUUGGUGAUCUUGUGAAACUGGGAACAAGUUCACAUACUUUUAAAGAACAUAUGCUCCGUGGAGAGGAAUUAAUUUCCUCAUUGGAAUUUCCUGCAUUAGUGCAGAAUAAAAUCUUUGAAAUUUUGAGAAAGAACUGGAAAGAAAUGGUUGAAAACGGUUUUAUGUCAGUUAUUACAAAAGAAAUAACAGCAGAUCUAAACACUGCAACAGUUCACGCCUUUCUAGAAUUUCAGACAUCUUUGGGGAAUAGCAGCCCUUUCCAUCUUUAUCAGAUCCCUUAACAAAUACCAAUAUGUCGAAUUGAUUAAAAAGGACCGUAAAACAUAAACUGUAGUUAUCAAUUACAAUUACUGUUUGUUGUUUGAUUGGUCUAUGAAUAAAUAUUUUUAAACUGA